UGUUGUGCUCUCCUCUGAUUGGCCGGCUGCGAAUGUUUACGGAAGUACUGAAGUGGAGGUGGUUUCACGGGACCACCACACAGCCCGAGCCCCAGGAGCUUCUUCUAGUCCACGUCCAACAUGCAGGCAGAGGAACACGGCAGUCGGCAAGUUACUGAUUUGGUGAAAUCACCGGGGACAUUCCGUGUACUUGUUGCUGUGACCGGAAGCGUCGCAGCAUUGAAGCUGCCUCUGUUGGUCUCCCAGCUUCUCCAGCUCUCUGGGGUGAGCUGCUCCAUAUCUGUUACCUCCGUGGAAGUAAGAGUCGUCACUACGGAGCAUGCCAAGCACUUCUUCAACCCUGCAGACAUUUCUGUAAAAAUCUACAGCGACAAGGAUGAGUGGGAGCUGUGGACACAGAGAUCUGACCCUGUGCUCCACAUUGAGCUCAGGCGCUGGGCAGACCUUCUUGUCAUUGCUCCCCUGGAUGCCAACACUCUUGGAAAGAUUGCUAAUGGAAUUUGUGACAAUCUGCUGACGUGUGUGGUGAGAGCCUGGGAUAGCACUCGACCUCUCCUCUUCUGCACUGCGAUGAAUACAGCCAUGUGGCAGCAUCCCAUUACAGCCCAGCAGGUAUCCAGGCUGAAAGAGUUUGGAUAUGUGGAAAUCCCCUGCAUAUUUAAGAAGUUAGCAUGUGGAGAUGAAGGUAAAGGCGGCAUGGCAGAGGUGUCAACUAUUGUCGGUGUUGUGAAACAGUAUCUUCAGAGAACAGAUGAGUCAUCUGAGAAAACUUGAACGCCACGUCAUGUUGCAGUAACAUGCCGACAAAGACCAAUUCAAAAUACCACCUCACUUCUUGGCUGGUGUGAGCCGACGGUCAUUAGUUUCUAUCUCGUUGACUCUUUUGUUGUUCCCCUUUUCGACAGUGACAUGUUUAUUCCCAAUUCACACUAAAAUGUAUAAUGUUCCAUUUCUGUUUACAAAGCAGAAUUUAAUUGUUGACUUCAUGAGGCUGACACACAUGAGCUGAGAAAUGCAGUUCAGGCUUUUACAGUGUUUUUACAGUCUAAAUGUCUGUCUGUCACACAGAUCUGUCUUGUCACUCCAACUCCAAGAAUGUUCACUAUGCGUGUCAUCCUUGUUUCACCUUGAAAGAGUGUGUAGUAAUGUGCUCCUUUUUAAAGAAGCUUGAUUAAUACAGAAAUAAUCAAUGCAGUUAUGGUCACUGUGGUUAUAGCUUUUCACAUUGGAAUUGUGUCUUUUAUAACAGGAGGAUGAAUAUAAAUGUUGUCAUUAUUAAAAGUAAAAUACAAAACAUUGGAUUAAAAAUACUGUUUAUGAAGUUUCA